GCCUCCUUUGGUUUCCAUGGGGCUGGUGACAACAACCGUUGAUUUUCUAUCCGCUAAACUAGCAAGUUGACCAAUUAAAGAGGCGAACUAACCUAUCUAUCGGAAACUUCAUCAUUUGUAAACAGUCGUGUGUCAUUGUCACCAGCGGGUCGGGUGGAUUUAUCUUCAAAGGUUCCUCUGCUUUUUAAUCGACGCUAGAGAGCUAACUAAGCUAGCUCGUUAGCGUUAGCCUCGGCUAAUUCAGAAAAAGAAGCAACAUUCGUUGAUUUACGUUUCGUAUCAGUCAAGAUGAGCGAACAGUUGAAAUUAAUCGUCGAACAGCUUAACAAGGAUCCAUUCAAGAAAAUGUUUAACCUCAUCACGUUUGACUCCCUCGAGCCGAUGCAGCUGCUGCAGAUUUUAAAUGAUGUUCUGGCUGAAAUAGACCCAAAGCAAGCUCUAGAUAUCCGUGAAGAAAUGCCUGAACAAACCAUAAAAAGAAUGUGUGCUUUACUGGGGAUGCUGAAAUACAAACCGCCCAGCAACCUCUCUGAUGUGAGCGUCUUUAGACAAGGCUUGGUGGCUGGCAAAAAGCCUGUGGUCCACCCCAUCCUCCACUGGCUGCUCCAGAGGGUCCCUGAACUCAAGAAACGGGCUUACUUGGCUCGCUUUCUAGUCAAAUUGGAGGUGCCCAUAGAGUUUCUGCAGGAUGAUGUCAUCAAUGACACCUCUCACCAGUAUGAAGAGCUGGUGGAAGGUUUUAAGACGUAUCACAAGGAGUGUGAGCUGCUGAGGACUUCAGGCUUCUCCACAGCAGAAAUCAGAAGGGACAUCAGUGCGAUGGAGGAAGAGAAAGACCAACUAAUCAAACGUUUGGAGAGGCUGAAGAAGAGGGUGGAGUCGGUGUCCAACCAUCAACGGAUGCUGGAACAGGCCAGACAGCUGCGAGUGGAGAAGGAGAGAGAGGAGUCACUGACUCACCAGAAGCAAGAACAGAAGAACCAACUGUUCCAGGCAGAGCAGAGACUGCAGAGGUCGCAGCAGCAGUGGAAGGAUUUGCGACAGGCAGCAGCAGAUGCCAAUCCAGAAAGCUUAAUGAAGAGGCUUGAAGAGGAGAUCAAGAUCAACUCCUACAUGGUCUCUGAGAAACUCCCCAAAGAGCAGGAGGGUAUGAGGCGCACAGUACAGUACCUACAGAAAAUAGCGUCAGAGCCUGCCAUGGGCCAGGCCGAUCUCCAGGAGCAGGAGGACAAGAUUAAAGAAGUUGACUCUCAGAUAAACCAGCUGAUUGAGAAGAGGAUGAUGAGAAAUGACCCCAUGGAUGACAAACUGACCCUUUACAGACAACAGGCCUCCAUCAUCAUUCGAAGGAAGGAGUCAAAGGCAGAGGAGCUUCAGGAAGCGAGGGAGGAGCUGGCCGCAGCAGAAAGGGAGCUGAGGCAGAGGAGCAGCCAGGCACAAGCCUCAGAUGGUGGAGAGGUCAUUCGGGGGGAUGAGCUGAAACGUUUGGUGGUGAAACUGCGCGGCAAGGGAACAGUAUACAAGAAGCAACGACAGGAGAUUGCUGAGCUGAAAGCCGAAUACGGAGUCCUGCAACGAACGGAGGAGAUUCUGAAGCAGAGACACGAGACCGUCCAACAGAAACUGCAAACUGUGGAAGCUGAGAAGGGCAUCUCUGGCUACAGUAACACUCAGGAGGAACUGGAGAGGGUGUCGGCCAUCAAGAGCGAGCUGGACGAGAAGAAGGGCCGCACCCUGGACGACAUGUCUGAAAUGGUGAAGAAAUUAAACUCUAUGAUAGUGGAGAAGAAGUCAGCUCUAGCACCCAUUAUCAAAGAGCUGCGGUCACUGAGGCAGCGGUGUCAGGAACUAAGCCAGGAGUAUGACGAAAAGAAGGCGCAGUAUGAAAGUUGUGCUGCUGGAUUGGAGAGCAACAGAUCUAAAUUGGAGCAGGAGGUGAAAGCGUUGAUCGGGGAGACGGCCCAGGAGGAAAACCGAUAUCAUUAUACCAACUCCAUGUCAGAGAUCACUGAGAUGCAAAUACAGCGGGCAGCUGAAGAGAUGAAGGCCUACGUGUCCUCUGAUCCACAAGAGAGGAAGAAGGCCAUCAGGGAAGUGUACAUGAAGAACAUUGCAGAGCAGGAGUUACUUGGCAAGAAGUUACGUGAGAAGCAGAAGAUGGUGAGGGAGAGCCACAGCGCCAACAUGGAGCAGAUGAAGAUGUGGCGUGACCUGGAGCAGCUCAUGGAGUGCAAGAAGCAGUGCUUCAUAAAAGCUCAGAGCCAGUGUGUGGGUCAGGUGAUCCAGGAGGGAGAAGGGCAUAGGCUGGUGCUGUGAGGACUCGUCCAGAGAGGGCCACUGCAGGUCGCCGACAGUACGUUGACUACACAGUUCAACUUAAUAUCCUGUUCUAUCCUGUUGGACACUAUAGCACAAGGUUUGUCUCAUUGUUCACAGGGUUUAUCUCCCCCGACAUCUUGUCUGUUACACACUGCCAGUCGAGUGUCCCGUUAUCUUGUGUAAGCACCACACCGCUCCUUUGAGAAUCGACAACUUAAAGAACACGUGUAUCGGGAGGUGUUGCAGGACUCUGGUUUUCACUUUCUUUGGCCCCUGAAGACCCCCUUUUGCCAUAUCUUUUAAGAACACCCUUUCAAUCAAAGUGUCAGAAGAUAACGGCAUACAAAGUGGUGCACUCGGGAUGUUCCUGCGGUGAACUAUAUUUGGCAUAGCCCACCAUGACCUUGGACAUGGUGCAUUGCCAAUUUUGGAAUUCACUGGGACCUCCGUCGCUUUGGACAGUGCAGAUGAAAUUAUCCUAUUAUUCUGCUUUUUUACAUUUGAUAUCAUACACUAUUGUUCUAUAAUAGAUUUCUAUUUCAAGAUAACCUUCUAUAUGUGAGACAGAUAGUUUGAUUGUUUAUGUAUUUCUAUGACAUGUAUAUUUAGUUUUGAUUCAUUCAUUACAAUAAAAAAAGGCCACUGUCUAUUGAAUAAUAACAUAAUUGCCGAUCCAUAAAUUACUGAUUUAUGAUAAAGCUGUAUUCACAUAGUUCAGUUUAAACAGAAUGCGUAAUACAGUGAAUACCUAAUACUAAUAGCUAAUAGAUAGUUAUUCAUAGAAAUCAAGUGAUUUGAUGAUGAUUAAGAGAAUUAUGUUUGCUUUCUUAAACUGAAGUAGUAUGAAAUGUUACGUUGCCUUUAUAUCAUGGAGUCUACAAAAAACAUUUAAUUGUCAAAAUGAUAUGCUUUAUUAAUGUAUAAUUCAUAAAUAAAUGUAAAACUACA